AGUUAGGUUAGGAGAAAUUCCUCUGUACAUUACUGAUUAGUAAAAACUGGAGGGAGUGUAUAAACUUCAACAAUUAUUACUAUUUUUAUAUUAGGACGCUAUACAAAUAUAUAAAAAAUAUAUUAUAAUGCCGAAAAAUAAGAAAACACGUAAAGUUGUGAUGCAGAGAUUUGCUCAGAUGAAGAAAAUGAUUAGUCUGAGUGAUUCACGAAUAAAACCAGAAAAGCGACUGCCAUCCAAGAAAACUCCAAAAGAAGAUCAGACUAAGAUAAAAGUUACAGAAACGCCACAACAAUCCUCUGCAUUAUUUUUUCAAUAUAACACACAACUUGGACCACCAUAUCAUAUUUUAGUCGAUACAAACUUCAUUAACUUUUCUAUUAAAAACAAAUUGGAUAUUGUGCAAAAUAUGAUGGAAUGCCUCUAUGCAAAAUGUACACCAUAUAUAACAGAUUGUGUGAUGGGUGAAUUGGAGAAGCUUGGGCAGAAGUACAAAUUAGCAUUGAAAAUUAUCAAAGAUCCACGUUUUGAAAGAUUAAAAUGUAUGCAUAAAGGAACCUAUGCAGAUGACUGUCUCGUGAAUAGAGUGACACAACACAAGUGUUAUAUUGUUGCAACCAAUGAUAAAGACUUGAAAAAAAGAAUACGAAAGAUAUCAGGUGUGCCAAUAAUGUAUGUAUCACAACAUAGAUACACGAUAGAACGGAUGCCAGAUGCUUAUGGUGCGCCUAAGACGUAAACUUAUAAUGAAUUCAAUUAAAUACACACUAAUGCAAACAGUAAGAUAAUUAAUUAAAUUUU